UAUGAGUCGAGGAUCUCAAGUUCACAUUUUUUGGGGUGCUCCAGUUGCUGCACUGAAAAUGACAGUAUCCCAGGAAACAGCCUCCUUAACGUCCACUGCCAACACCUGGGAAAAAGUCCAACUCUUUUUCAAACAGCGUUCUUUGUGUCUGAAGGUUGGAGAUCAGGAGUUUAAAAGUCUGGAAGACUGUCAAGUCCCCGAAGGUUUUGGCCCACCCGGUCUUCUUAGUGGUCACCUUUUAACGACUUCUGUGAAUAGGUCUGCUCAGGCGGAAGAAGACUUUAAACAUUCUGAGUCUGAAACACAGAGUGUAAAGUCCCAGAAGAUUAGCCUAAGUGAUAUGACUAGUGUAUGUCGACUUACGGACAGAGUUCAGCAUUUACCUGAAGAAGAAAAAUACCAAAAGCUUCCAUAUGAAAAUAAGAAAAUUAUAGAUGAGCAGUCUAAAAAUCAGUCAGAUGCCUGCGUUCAGAACUUUCAAAGAGAUGUGCUUCAGUUAGAUCGUAAGUGUGCAGCUGGACUGGAUCUGGGCUGUAGUAGUGGACAGAAGAAUACAGGGCCAGAGGCUGAGGGAAAAAAACCAGAGCCAACAGGACAUCGUGAAACACAAAGUCAGGAGAGCUUUACCUCUGACACACAGUGUGAACCACAGUCUGAGGGAGCAGUCAGGCAGGCCCCAGGCCAGAGAAUAUCUCCUGACACUGAAUUUCUCAGGGUAAUGACCGCCAGCCAGCGUGCUUUUCUAGCUCAAGGGAAUGAUAAAGGUCAAGACUAUAUUAAUAAGAGGACUAUAAACCUGGAGGCGGAACCUACAGGCAGUCAGGGAGUCAGAGGAACUGAAGGGAAUUUUAGUGAGCCUGGUGGAGAUUUUGAAGAAGGAUCUGAAAGUGAGCAAAGCCAAGCAUAUUCCCUGGAACUUUUUAGUCCUGUUUGUCCUGAAUCAGAAAGCAGUUACGGUCACAUAAACCCUGGGAAAAGUCUUGAAGAAAAUAUAAGCUCUCAAGAACUUUUCAGUCGUGAAGAAAACCUGCCACAAAAUGAAGCACACGUUGAGUUGUGUGGCUCAGGAGUGCUGUGUUCCCAACCAAGUAGCUCCCACCGAAGUGCAGCUAAAAGGAGCCAGUGCUCUAAGGACAACGCCCAUCGUUCUACAGCUCGCUCUGAAGUCCAUCAGGUGUCCAAGAAAGCCAGGAUGGAUUCCAACAGAAGAGAGGCGGCCAAAGCACUGCCCCAGAAGAUCAUGCCUGGAUUUAAGGAUAGUAAAAAAAUAUCAUUAAUAAAAAAUUGUGAUUCUAAAAUUCAGAAGUAUAACUGCUUAGUCAUGGUGCUAACCCCAUGUCACGUGAAGGAAAUAAACGUAAAAUCUGGACCGAAUUCUGGUUCUAAAGUGCCGUUAGCAACGAUUGUAGUAGUCGAUCAGUCGGAGAUUAAGAAGAGGGUUGUUCUGUGGAGGACUGCAGCAUUUUGGGCACUUACAGUGUUUCUUGGUGAUAUAAUUCUACUUACAGAUGUUGUUCUUUAUGAGGACCAGUGGAUUGGUGAGACAGUACUCCAGUCAACACUUACCAGUCAGUUACUGAAUCUGGGAAGUUACUCAUAUGUCCAGCCCGAAAAAUAUUCCAAUAUAAUUGCCAGUGUUAUACUUCAGGAUUUACUGACAUACGUGUCUUCAAAACAUUCCUAUCUCAAAGAUCUACCUCAGAGGCAGCCUCAGAAAACCAACACCGUAACGUUUGUGGAAUUGGAGCAGCUGCAGCCUGGUACGUUAGUCCAUGCAGUGCUCAGAGUGGUGGACAUCACUGUACUGACAGAGGCAUUAUAUACUUACAGAGGACAAAAGCAAAGAAAGGUUGUGUUAACGGUGGAACAGGCUCAAGGUCAACAUUACCUGCUUGUAUUAUGGGGUCCUGGAGCGGCCUGGCAUACUCAACUUCAAAGGAAAAAAGAUUGUAUUUGGGAAUUUAAGUACCUUUUUGUUCAGCGGAACUGCAUACUAGAAAACUUAGAAUUACAUACAACACUGUGGUCAUCCUGUGAAUGCCUGUUUGAUGAUGAUACAAGAGCAAUUUCAUUUAAAGCAAAAUUUCAAAAAAAUACAUCCUCCUUUGUCAAGAUAUCAGACUUAGCAACUCACCUAACAGAUAAGUAUUCAGGCGUGGUUCUGAUCACAGCCAGGGUGUCAGAGCUGGUGUUCUGUGCCACGGCAGCUCAGAAGGUGGCUCUGAAUGCUCGCAGCAGUCUGCAGAGCAUCUUCGCGUCUCUUCCCCGCAUCACCUAUGCUGGCUGUGCGCAGUGUGGCUCAGAACUGCAGACGGAUGAGAACAGGAUCUACAGACAGUGUCUGGGUUGCUUGCCGUUUGUUGGGAAGAAAAUGUUCUACAGACCGGCUUUAAUGACCAUAGUUGAUGGAAGACAGAAUACUUAUGUCCAUGUUGGGUCGAAGGUGAUGGAGCAGAUUCUUCUCAACAUUUCUCCAGAUUGCCUCAGCAGAGCGAUAGUGCCUUCCUCAGAGGUCACCUACGGCAUGGUCGCUGCGGACCUGCUGCACUCCUUGUUGGCAGUCAGUGCAGAACCUUGCGUGCUGAAGAUCCAGAGCCUUUUCGAGUUGGAUGAAAACAGCUACCCCCUGCAGCAGAACCUCUCCCUGUUAGAUUUCUGCCCUGACUCGUGUAAGAUGUGGAGACCAGGACUUGAUCUAAGGCCAGAGGAGGACACUGGAGUUGUUCCAAAGGAGUGAUGAAACAAUCUGUCUUUUGAAGAUUUCUUUACUUUUACUAUAUGUACGUAAGUGUUUUGCCUAUGUAUGUCUAUGCAUCCACAGAGGCCAGGAGAGGGUGCCAGAUCCCUUGAGACUAGAGUAAUGGAUGCUUGUGAGCCGCCGUGUAGAUUGUAAGAAAGUGCUCUUAACUGCUGAGCCAUCCAACCCAAUGAUCUACCUUUUGAAAUAAAUGAAAUGACAGGGAUUUUGCUUAGAGUUUUUAAAAUAAGUAAUUUAUUAGCGAAAUAUAAUUGUAAUAAAUUAUUUUUUAAGAAAA